AUGUCUUCGAUUUCGAAGAGUCUGCCGCACUCCACCAGUUUGCAAUCGCAUAAAUCGGAGGCCGAGGCAAGACGCAGUGUCGUUUGGGUUGGCAAUGUUCAUUGUGCUUCGUGCAUUGCCUAUGUUAAUGAAGUCCUCUCUGAAAUCCCAUCGGUCAAAGAUAUCGAUGUCUCCAUCCUAACCCAUGAAGUGCGUCUUACUCAUGGCGUCUCUGUCCAGCCAGCAGAUCUGGCUACAGCUUUGAUCCAUGCCGCCUUUGAAGUGUAUCAUGUAUCAACCUAUGAUGAUCGAAAUAAUGUACUUUCUGAACUUGAUACGACAACUUGGAACUCUCGCGGGUCGAUGCUGUUCGCUACACCUCGAACAUCGUAUUCCAGUAUCUCAUCGAACCUCAAGGAGAAACUGCACACGAACCGAGAUACCAGCCAUAUUGCAAAUUGUAAUGCAUGCAAAAAAGAAGAAGCCGAUAUAAUAUCCUGUCAAUCUAAUACGGACGACGAUGGAGCCUCACAAGAGAAAGCCAUACUGCGAAGUGCCUGGGAAACCGACCUUGAAGCAGGCGAAGGUUGGAAUGAGAAGGAGUUGGGUUCGUCACAGUAUCAUCCACCCUCACCCGCUGUAACACAUGCCCCUUCAACACAUCACUCGCCGCGAAUUCCUUCUCCAAUCCCAGAAACUCCUCAAUUACCUUCAUCCGAAUCACAGGAUGAAUUCAUUGCGCGGAUUAGCAUUGGAGGCAUGAGCUGCGCAUCAUGCGUAAAUAGCAUCACUGCUUCGAUCGAAGAACUUGAAUGUGUAAAAGAAGUCACCGUCAAUCUCCUUACUAAUAGCGGAACUGUGAAUUAUAUUGGGCCUCGCGACAACCUCCAGAUUAUCAUUGACCAGAUAGAAGAUAUCGGGUUCGAAGCAUUUUUGGACGAGGUGAAUCCAGUAGUUGCUUCGUCAAGUCUCACUCAGCCUGUGUCAGACUUUGUCACUGAGGUUUCGAUAACUGGUAUGACCUGCGGAUCCUGUGUUGGAACAGUGACUCGAGGUCUAGAAGAACUCUCCUUUGUUCAAAAUGUUGCUGUGAAUCUGCUAUCUCACAGUGGAAGAAUUGAAUUCCAAGGCCGAGACAAUCUGGACGAGAUCGUGGAGAAAAUUGAGGAUCUCGGGUAUGAUGCUGCCGUCGACAGUGUUCAUCCACUGGCUGAUAAUGGGGACAACAAAGCCGCUGUCCACGCUAGGAAGAUUUCUAUUCGUGUCGAUGGAAUGUUUUGUCAUCAUUGUCCCCAAAAGGUCCUUGCCUCUUUGCAAGCCCUUUCAGAUGUCACAGUUGAUGAGGCUCCCUCAGAAAAAAACCCCAUCCUUAAAGUCACAUAUUUACCAAAGCCACCACUUUUGACUAUACGAAAAAUUCUUGCAACUAUUGACGAAGCCAAUGGAGCUUUCAGCGCAAGCAUUUACCACCCACCCAGCAUUGAGGAUCGUUCUCGUGCUAUGCAACUGCAUGAACGAACUAAAUUAUUACUCCGCUUUCUUUUCGUUUUUACUGUCGCUAUACCCACAUUCAUUGUCGGCAUCGUGUUCAUGUCUCUUGUGUCCUCAAGUAACCCAACCCGCCGAUACCUAGAACAGAAAAUGUGGUCUGGAAGCGUGACGCGCAUAGAGUGGGCGCUAUUUAUAAUGGCUACCCCCGUCAUGGUAUACGGAACCGAUGUAUUCCAUACCCGGGCCAUAAAAGAGAUCCAUGCUCUUUGGCGUCCUGGAAGCCGAGUUCCAAUUUUGCGCAGAUUCUACCGUUUUGGAAGUAUGAAUCUGCUGAUCUCAGCAGGAACUUCGGUGGCCUACUUUUCAUCGUUGGCCGUUCUCAUUGUCGAUGCUGUAGUUGGAACAAAACAAAGCGCUGCCAGUACGACCUAUUUCGACUCUGUGGUCUUCUUGACCCUUUUUAUUCUUGCUGGCCGAUUUUUGGAGGCAUACAGCAAGGCCAAAACAGGGGAUGCUGUCGCAUCUCUAGGAAACCUUCGUCCAUCCGAGGCUUUGCUCAUUCAGUCUAGCGAUCUGGGCCCUUCUGAAGAGGCAGAUUCUGAUCAGAUGAUUCGUGUCGGUGUGGAUCUUUUAGAAGUCAGCGAUGUCGUCCGCAUUCCCCAUGGCGCAUCCCCACCCGCUGAUGGUAUUGUGGUUGGAGAAGGCUCAUUUCAAUUCGACGAAAGUUCCUUGACUGGAGAGUCUCGUCCCGUCAAGAAGACCACUGGAGAUCAAGUGUUUACUGGAUCUGUUAACGUGGGCCAACCCGUGCAAAUUGAGGUCACUGAACUCGGUGGUUCAUCCAUGCUUGAUCAAAUCAUAACAGUGGUCCGCGAAGGCCAAAGCAAGCGCGCCCCACUUGAAAGAGUUGCCGAUUUGCUCACAUCGCAUUUUGUUCCUAUCAUUACCCUGAUCGCCAUUCUCACAUUUGUCAUCUGGUUGGCUUUAGGCCAUUCUGGUGCAUUACCCGCCGAUUAUCUGGACGUUUCACAAGGCGGGUGGACUUUCUGGAGUUUGGAAUUUGCCAUCGCUGUCUUUGUGGUCGCUUGUCCCUGUGGAUUGGCCUUGGCUGCCCCUACUGCUUUGUUUGUCGGAGGUGGUCUUGCGGCCAAACAUGGAAUCCUGGUUAAGGGUGGCGGUGAAGCGUUUCAAGAAGCGAGUCGCCUUGAUGCCAUCAUCUUUGACAAAACUGGAACUCUCACUGAAGGUGGAAGUCUGAAGGUUUCGGACCACGAAGUUUUGACCAAGGAUGAUGAUUUUCUUAAGGUUGCUUGGGUUCUCGCCCGCAAACUAGAAGAAAGUAGCAACCAUCCCAUCGCACAGGCGAUCUCCGCUUUCUGCGAAUCCCAAAUUGGGAUCAACGUCAAAUCUUCCGAGAUUCAAGAAAUCGGCGGCCAAGGAAUGAAGGGUACUUUCACUAUAUCAGAUGGCUACACCGAGAAACAAUACGAAGCUGCCAUCGGAAAUGAGCGCCUGCUCGAUAGCAUUCUGCCUUCUGGCUCAAACUCUUACUUCGUUUUCAACCUACUCUCGCAAUUCCAAACAAGCGGGAAGUCCACCGCCAUCCUCUCCCUCCGUCGCAUCGACCAACACUCCUCCACAGAAACGUUCUUUGUUCCCGCGAUCGUCUUCGCAACUUCAGAUACCCUUCGACCCGAAGCCAUAGCCGUGAUCUCCGAGCUGCACAAGCGUCAUGUCGAAGUCUUCAUGUGCACAGGUGAUAACCAAACAACCGCACACGCCGUCGCAGACAUGCUCGGUAUCUCUCGAUCCAACGUCAUGGCCAACGUGCUCCCAGCAGAGAAAGCCAGCUUUGUCCGCCGCGUCCAAGAUGGCACCGCUAAAGGGCCCCAUGAACAAAGCCCGACCCGCCCGAUAGUCGCAUUCGUCGGUGAUGGAGUAAAUGAUUCCCCUGCACUCGCCGCUGCCGAUGUCAGUAUCGCAAUGGCCUCGGGCUCUGACGUGGCUAUCAACUCUGCCAGUUUCAUUCUUCUCAAUUCAGACCUCAGCACAAUCCUCCAGUUGGUACUUCUCAGUAGACGCGUGUUUACUCGUGUGCGAAUGAACUUUGGCUGGGCACUGGUUUACAAUCUCUGUCUUGUUCCUGUUGCUGCUGGUGUCUUUUACCCCAUUGUCAGUGGGCAUCAUGAGAAGGUUAUUGGUGGUGAGUCGGUCACUAUGAAUAGUCAUUGGAGACUUAGUCCGGUCUGGGCUGCUUUGGCGAUGGCUUUGAGUAGUAUCUCGGUUGUCGGAAGUAGUUUGGCCCUGAGGAUUGAUCUGGGGAGUGUCAAGAAGGUGUUCCGAUGGAAGAAAUGA